AUGGGCGACAAGGGUACAGGACAACGAGCUUUCGCGAGCAGACUCGCUCGUGUCCACGCUUCCGACGUUCGUCGAAUCGCUGCUUCUGCGUAUGGUGUUAGCCGGUCAGAAAUUCCGACUUCCUCUGGGAUAGCAAUAACUCCUAUGGUAAGCAGUUUCCCAUACUCAUGGUAGAU